CAGGACAAGGAGGGAAUCCCUCCAGACCAGCAGCGACUUAUCUUCGCCGGUAAGCAGUUAGAAGAUGGCCGCACCCUUUCUGACUACAACAUCCAGAAAGAGUCCACCCUUCAUCUGGUGCUCCGUCUGCGCGGUGGUAUGCAGAUCUUCGUGAAAACCCUCACAGGCAAGACCAUCACCCUUGAGGUUGAGCCAUCUGACACCAUUGAGAAUGUGAAGGCCAAGAUCCAAGACAAGGAGGGAAUCCCCCCAGACCAGCAGCGACUCAUCUUCGCCGGCAAGCAGUUGGAAGAUGGCCGCACCUUGUCCGACUACAAUAUCCAGAAAGAGUCCACCCUUCAUCUGGUGCUCCGUCUGCGCGGUGGUAUGCAGAUCUUCGUGAAAACCCUCACUGGCAAAACCAUCACCCUCGAGGUUGAGCCAUCUGACACCAUUGAAAAUGUGAAGGCUAAAAUUCAAGACAAAGAGGGAAUCCCCCCAGACCAGCAGCGUCUGAUCUUCGCUGGCAAGCAGUUGGAAGACGGCCGCACCUUGUCCGAUUACAACAUCCAGAAAGAGUCCACUUUGCAUUUAGUACUCCGUCUGCGUGGUGGUAUGCAGAUCUUCGUGAAAACCCUCACCGGCAAGACCAUCACCCUUGAGGUUGAGCCAUCUGACACCAUUGAAAAUGUGAAGGCCAAGAUCCAAGACAAAGAGGGAAUCCCCCCAGACCAGCAGCGUCUCAUCUUCGCUGGCAAGCAGCUCGAGGAUGGCCGCACCUUGUCCGACUACAAUAUCCAGAAAGAGUCCACCCUACAUCUGGUAUUGCGUCUGCGUGGUGGAAUGCAGAUCUUCGUGAAAACCCUCACAGGCAAGACCAUCACCCUUGAGGUUGAGCCAUCUGACACUAUCGAAAAUGUGAAGGCCAAAAUUCAGGACAAGGAGGGUAUCCCCCCAGAUCAGCAGCGACUUAUCUUUGCCGGCAAGCAGCUCGAGGAUGGCCGCACCCUUUCUGACUACAACAUCCAGAAAGAGUCCACCCUUCACCUUGUACUGCGUCUUCGUGGUGGCAUGCAGAUUUUCGUAAAGACUCUCACAGGCAAAACCAUCACUCUGGAGGUUGAGGCCUCUGACACUAUCGAAAAUGUGAAGGCCAAGAUCCAAGACAAGGAGGGAAUCCCCCCAGACCAGCAGCGACUCAUCUUUGCCGGCAAGCAGCUUGAGGAUGGCCGCACCUUGUCCGAUUACAAUAUCCAGAAAGAGUCCACCCUACAUCUGGUAUUGCGUCUACGCGGUGGAAUGCAGAUCUUCGUCAAAACUCUCACAGGCAAGACCAUCACCCUCGAGGUUGAGCCAUCUGACACCAUUGAGAAUGUGAAGGCCAAGAUCCAAGACAAGGAGGGAAUCCCCCCAGACCAGCAGCGACUCAUCUUCGCCGGCAAGCAGCUUGAGGAUGGCCGCACCUUGUCCGAUUACAAUAUCCAGAAAGAGUCCACCCUUCAUCUGGUGCUCCGUCUGCGCGGUGGUAUGCAGAUCUUCGUGAAAACCCUCACAGGCAAGACCAUCACCCUUGAGGUUGAGCCAUCUGACACCAUUGAGAAUGUGAAGGCCAAGAUCCAAGACAAGGAGGGAAUCCCCCCAGACCAGCAGCGACUUAUCUUCGCCGGCAAGCAGUUGGAAGAUGGCCGCACCCUCUCCGACUAUAACAUCCAGAAAGAGUCCACCCUUCACCUUGUAUUGCGUCUGCGUGGUGGCAAUUAAAUUACGCCAAUAACAAUUUCUUCAGUAUUACUGUAUUUCUGUCUACUUUUCUGUGUUAUCUGACUUCUCAAUGUAAUCAUUCCAUUUAAAUUGCAACCAAUAAAUGAAACUUGAUUAGAAGCUUGAA